AUGGCAUACGUCCUCGACGAGUCCAGCUGCGGCCGCGGCGCUCGCAUGGAUACCUACUCCUCGUUCAAGGCCGAGGAGCUAGUCAGCGCCACGUCCAGAUUAAUGCACGUCUCCGAGGAAUUCUACAACAAGAGUAAGGAGGAGGAGAAGAAGAGGAAGGACAAGGAGAAACGCAAGGCUGGGAAGGAGAAGAAGAAGAGGACCAAAGAGGAGGAGCUUUCAAACGAAUUCCUGGAUCUCUGCAGGAAUUACCUGCAAUUCCCCUACUAUUAUGAGAACGAGUUGGUGCUCGUAGUUACGUGCGAGCAGGAGAAGAAGAAGGGGGAUGAUAAGGAGAUGGAUAAGGAGAAGGAUGAAAAUGAAAAUGAGGAGGAGGAGGAGGAGGAGGACGACGAGGUGGUGGAUGAAAAAGAGUAUACAUCCACAAUGGAGUUUCUCAAAGGUACUAUGGCUUUCUAUCAGGACUGUUUUGCCGCCCACCAUGCCUGCUGGGAACGUAUAUGGGGCAGCGAGGUUGGACGCUGCGGUGGCUUCCAAGAUACAACCACAUUGAGCUCUAUGCACUUCACAUGCUGCACGCCCAGUACUAUCCCGUCACAUGUUGUUGCUCUGGCUGGGAGCACAUGCUUGCAGAUCUACUCCAUCAAAAUCAAGGAACUAAAGGGCAACUUGAAAUGGCCACUCAAAGUCUACGGUGUGGUUGCUGCUCGGGACACCGUGGACCGCAACCGCAACGUUCUCUUCUCUCGCUCAUGGCCUAACUGCCAAGUACUUACUGAAAAUGAUCCCUUUUUGCACUUGAUUGGCCCAUCCCGUGCAGUUCUAGUUUUGGACCAUGUUGACUUCGAAGUUGUUCUCAAAAUCAACUAG